GAGUUUUCCCUCAUCGUGCCUCUACUUCUCUGCGUUAUUCUCUUCGUCUAUCUUUCUUUUCGCUAUCUUAUUAAGCAAAACACGCACCAACCAUCCUCGGAGAGCUUGAGAAAUGAAGAAAAUUUUCCACUCCCACCAGGCAGGACAGGUUUGCCUCUAAUUGGUGAAACCAUGGAGUACUCCUCCAUGGUUCGAAAUGGAACUCCUGAAAAAUUCGUGGCAGAUAGGAUAAAACAGUUUUCCCCCUCAGUUUUUCGAACCUCGUUGAUUGGACAACCCAUGGCGAUGUUAUGUGGCCCCGAGGGAAACAAGUUCUUGUUCUCGAAUGAGAACACCCUAGUUGAGAUGUGGUGGCCGAGCUCUAUUGACAAAAUUUUUCCCAAGUCCUCACACAAAAAUUCUGCCAAGAACGACUCUGCUAAAGCUCGCAAAAUAUUCCAAACCUGUCUUAAGGGUGAAGCUCUUCAAAAAAACGUGUGCAUAAUAGAUGCAGUAGUGAAAGAUCAUUUAAACACGAAUUGGAAUCAUUCAGAACUCAAAGUUUGUCCUGUGGUAAGUAAGCUUACGUUUACUCUAGCCUGCCGAUUACUUUUAAGCAUUGAAGAUCCUGAAAAAAUUGAGAAGCUUCUGAAGCCAAUACAAGACAUAGCUUCUGGAACAAUCUCAAUGGCGAUUAAUUUACCAGGGACAGCUUUCAACCGUGCCAUAAAAGCAUCAAGGGCAAUCCGUGAAGAGCUUCAGGGAAUGAUGAAACAAAGGAAGAUCGAUCUUUUGGAGAAGAGGGCAUCCCCAACACAAGACCUACUGUCCCUCAUGCUUCUAGCAACCGACGAGAAUGACCAAUUUAUGAGUGAAUUGGACAUUUCCAGCCAUAUAUUAGGAUUCCUACAUGCUGGCUAUGACACUGUUAACGUUGCACUAAUAUUCAUCGUCAAGUACCUGGCCGAGCUUCCUGAGGUGUACCAAGAGGUCCUAAGAGAGCAAAUGGAGAUUGCAAGGUCAAAAGAACCAGGAGAGUUGCUUAAUUGGGAGGACACAAGAAAGAUGCGAUACUCAUGGAAUGUUGCCAGUGAAGUAUUGAGAAUGACACCCCCGGUUCUUGGAACAUUCAGACAGGCUAUCACUGACUUCACUUAUGCUGGAUAUAAGAUUCCGAAGGGAUGGAAGUUCCACUGGAUGGUCCAAGCCACCCACAGAAACCCAGAGUACUUUCCAAAUCCAGAGAAAUUUGAUCCGUCGAGGUUUGAAGGAAGUGGACCAGCUCGUUAUGCAUAUGUUCCUUUUGGAGGGGGAACUCAUAUGUGUCCUGGAAAUGAGUAUGCACGAAUGGCUAUACUUGUUUUCAUGCACAACCUGGUGACGAAAUUCAGAUGGGAGAAGCUGAUUCCUAAUGAGAAAGUUUUGUGUCAUCCAUAUCCAAGGCCUGAUCAAGGACUUCCGAUUCGCCUCCAUCCUCACAAGUCCUGAAUUGGCGUGCAGCCUUCUUUUUUUCGCAGCCGGUGUUUGUGUUUUCUCUCCGCGUUGUAUGCAUAACCAGUCACUUGUCUUUGAUGCUGUGUGUGUAUUAAUUUCCUUCUUCUUGUAAGCCAUAACUGGUGUUGGUGAGUAAAAUGUGUCAUCUGUUGUAGGGGGGUUCGAACAAAUCAAUAUGAAUUUGCUGUUAUUGUUCAUUAUAUACAUUCCACUCCUACUCAUUUGGGGUUGGGACAGC